AUGGCAGAAAAUCGUCAUCAAACAGAGCGUGCUCAGCGCCUGAGAUUUGGGAUUUGGGAUUUGGGGUAUGGGAGUGUUCCUCCCAAAAUCGUCAUCAAACAGAACGUGCUCAGGAAGCCGUUUGUCCCCAAGGCGGCGGGGCCGGCGCUGCCGCAGGACGAGCAGGUGACGCUGGAGCCGGAGCUGGAGGAGGCGCUGGCCAACGCCACCGAGGCCGAGAUGUGCGACAUCGCCGCCAUCCUGGGCAUGUACACGCUGAUGAGUAACAAGCAGUACUACGAUGCCAUCUGCAGCGGGAACAUCUGCAACACCGAGGGCAUCAACAGCGUGGUGCAGCCGGACCGGUACCGCCCGGUGCCGGACGAGCCCCCGAACCCCACGGACGUGGCCGAGACGCUGCGGCGGCUGCAGGACAACGACCCCGAGCUGCAGGACGUCAACCUCAACAACAUCAAGGACAUCCCCGUGGCCACGCUCGAGGCCAUCUGCGAGGCCAUCAAGACCAACACGCACGUGCGCAGCCUCAGCCUGGUGGCCACGCGCAGCAACGACCUGGUGGCCAACGCGGUGGCCGAGAUGCUGGAGCAGAACCGGAGCCUGCAGAGCCUCAACCUCGAGUCCAACUUCAUCACCAGCGCGGGCAUGCUGCGGCUGCUGGCCGCCAUCGGGCACUGCCCCACGCUCAGCGAGCUGCGCGUGGACAACCAGUGCCAGCGCCUGGGGGACACGGUGGAGAUGGCCAUGGCGGCCACCCUGGAGCAGUGCCCGUCCCUGCUGCGCUUCGGCUACACCUUCAGCCAGCAGGGCCCGCGGGCGCGCGCCGCCGCCGCCCUCACCCGCAACAGCGAGCUCCGUCGCCAACAGAAGAAAUCCUAAAAAUUCCCCCGUGCCCGCCCCGAGCUCAGGAGCCGCUGGGAAUAAAGCGGAAAAAUUUUCCCA